AGGGAGAAUUAAUUGGCGGAGUGAGAGUGGCGGGAGCCAAUAGAAAUCGUCAGGCGGCGUUUGUUUAUAAACAGAGUGGUGGGGACUGGCCUGGGACUGGGACUGGCAGCUGACUGAGGGAGCGAGGGAGUCUGAGGCUGAGUGGAGGGCGAGGCGGCGUUGCAAUGGAGGAGGAGCAUCUUACCAAAUUUGAUCUCGGGGACCUGGAGCAGCAUCUUGUGGAGACCGAUGACUUCACGAUAUUCAACCAGGAUGACCUGCCCAUGGGCGGCUUCCAGGUCAUGGAGGACAUCAGGAGGAAGGGGAAGCUGUGUGACGUGACCCUCAAGGUUGAAGACCAAUGUUUUACAGCACACAGAAUUGUGCUGGCAGCCGUCAUCCCAUACUUCAAUGCAAUGUUUACUCAUGACAUGGCUGAGAGUAAACAAAUGGAAAUCACUAUGCAAGGAAUAGAACCCAGUGCAUUGGAGUCACUGAUCAACUUUGCAUAUUCUGGGAAGGUGAAGAUUGACAGCAGCAAUGUGCAGAGCCUCUUGGUUGGUGCAUCCUUCCUGCAGCUGGCAAAGGUUCGGGAGGCCUGUGCUGACUUCCUCAAACACAGGCUAUACCCAAACAAUGUGCUGGGUAUUCGUGCCUUCGCUGACACCCUGGCCUGCUGGUCGCUGGUUGAGGCCUGCAACCGCUACCUUCAGAAACACUUUGUGGACGUCUCCAUGUCUGAGGAGUUCUUGAAUCUUCCACUGCCAGAAGUGCGUGACAUCAUCUCCCGUGACGAACUCAAUGUGCAGAGUGAGGAGAAUGUAUUUGAGGCAAUUAUGUCAUGGACCAAACGUGACCUGGACCAGCGAUCAGACAGCCUCCCAGAGUUGCUCACCAAAGUGCGUAUGCCCUUGCUCACCCCUCAGUACCUCACAGACAGAGUUGGCACUGAGAAUCUGAUCAGAUCAUCCCAUGAGUGCAGAGAUCUGCUGGACGAGGCAAAGGACUACCACCUGAUGCCAGAACGACGGCCACUCUUACAGAGCUUCCGGACACGGCCACGCUGUUGCAAUGACAUUGUGGGCCUCAUCUAUGCUGUGGGUGGCCUCACUAAGUCAGGUGAUUCUCUGAGUACAGUGGAAGUAUAUGAUCCCAUAGUGGGCAGGUGGCAGAUGGCUGAGAGCAUGUCCAUGCUGCGCUCUCGGGUUGGGGUUGUGGUGAUGAAGAAAAAGCUAUAUGCCAUUGGGGGGUAUGAUGGCAUAGACAGACUAGCCACUGUGGAAGUCUUUGAUCCAGCCAGCAAAUGUUGGAGCAAAGUCUGUCCCAUGAACUGUAAAAGAAGUGCAGUGGGAGCUGCAGUGCUGAAUGACCAGCUGUACGUGUGUGGUGGCUAUGAUGGGGUGGCCUCCCUCAAUACAGUGGAAUGUUACCAUAGUGACACCAAUAAGUGGAUGAUGGUGGCCUCCAUGACCAAACAUCGCAGUGCUGCUGGUGUUGUUGCCUUCGAUGGACAUGUUUAUGCCAUUGGUGGACAUGAUGGACUCUCUAUAUUUGACUCGGUGGAGCGUUACGAUCCCACUACAGGGCAGUGGACCCCCGUCACUCCAAUGCUGAGCAAACGGUGUCGCUUGGGAGCAGCCACACUCAAUGGAAAGCUGUAUGUGUGUGGUGGCUAUGAUGGCUCCACCUUCCUCAGGACAGUGGAAGUGUAUGAUCCCAUCACUAGCAAGUGGUCCUUCAUUGCGGCAAUGAAUGUAACACGGAGUCGAGUGGCUUUGGUGGCCAACAUGGGUCGCCUCUAUGCCAUUGGUGGGUACGAUGGAGUCUCCAACCUAUCAACAGUAGAGGUGUAUAACCCAGAGCUGGAUCAGUGGGAGUUCAUCACCUCCAUGUGUGCCCAUGAAGGUGGUGUUGGGGUGGGGGUCAUCCCCCUCCCCUGAACAAUGAUCUGAGCCAAGGUGGGACUACUAGGUCACAACACUUCAAGGGCAGCUUUACUUAUUCCAGUAUAUACUUUUGGUGUCAUAAUAACUUCUCAAAACUUGUAUAUAGGUAUACUAAGUUUUCAAGGUCAUAUACGCCAGUGUGCUGUUGUGCAUUCUGAAUCCUUAGUGCCACAGAGUGACGGGAUCAAAGCUCUAAAGCUUUCACAUGCAUAGUAUGCAGAUCAGCUGCUGGUGUGUUCUUUCAGCAAUAAUCAUUGCUGGCUUCAACUGAGAUAGCAGGGGCACAACACUACAGAUAGAUUUUUCUAUCAAAAAAACUUUCUGCAUACCAAGUAGAUGUAGUGAGGUAUGUUAUGCAGAAGUAAGCUCUCAAAAUAGUUUUUAUUUCUUAUUGUAAGGAAAUGACAGCUCAUAUUUUCUGUCUUCUGACUGACUGACAUUACCUAUUUUUUUAAACUACAACCUUUUAUCAUCUCUCCAUGUACAUGUGCAUUAUUCAGUUCCCACAUUUUAUGUUGAGUUGAGUUAAGAGAUUCACCAGUCACACACAAAAUUAGCAGGCCAGAACUGUUGUUCAUUUGUGGAGUGGGUGCACCUAUAGCUCUCGUUAUAUGCGGACUUCCAGUUACGUAGAUUCACAUUUAUGUGACACCCUUAAAUGUAACAGGUGUUCUCACUAUGUGAGAAAAUUUCACAUUUAUGUGGACUACUUGACUGGGUUUCACAGCAGUGGGGGGGGGAGUAGGUGUCUGUGAUGUAAGUUGGUGAGCAACUUGUUACUGAAACAUUAGAGUUUACAUUGUGUUUUUGCCUUACCUUUCCUACAACUAUGGCUUGUAAGCGUCCUGGGCCUAGUUCAAGUGCUAAACCUGCUAUGAAGCAUGAGAGGACUGCUAUAAUGUUGGAAACCAAGUUAGUAAGGGAUGCAGUGCCACAGGCUGCUCCUACAAUCUUGGUGACAAGAUUGUUCUGCUGUGAUUCAUUCCUAUAAUCUGUUUUCUAGGGUUGCCACCAAGAUUCACAACCCAAUAGGGGAGAAGGUGGAGAUGAAGUUGAUUCUGUACAUUAACUAUGAAAAUAAGAAGAGUCAUGUCAAAACUGCAGCUGGCUUUGAAAAUUUAUAAUCAUUUGUGUUGUGAGGAAGGUGUUGAUGCCUCUGCUGAAAUAUUUAGUGCUAAUAUCAUGUCUUUCCAUAUACUAUUGUAAUAUAGCAUUACCGGUGUGUUGUAAUGUUGCUUUAGUGCAUUGUUAUGCAGAAAAAACAUUAGAUUAACAUUUUGGAGUCAAAAUUAAGCCAUGGAACCCUUUAUAAUUAAUGUAAAGAUAGAUUAACUCUAUGUGGCUUCUCUCUAUGUUAUGAUUUUGUGGAACAUAACAUCCCACUUAUAACGAGAACUAGGUGUACAUGGAGCUUAUCAGCUUACCACUUGAAACAUUCAGUUGUUCACUGUGCUUAGAUGAAUUAAUAAAAAAUCUUUAUAUAUAUAUAUAUAUAUAUAUAUAUAUAUAUAUAUAUAUAUAUAUAUAUAUAUAUAUAUAUAUAUAUAUAUAUAUAUAUAUAUAUAUAUAUAUAUAUACUGAGAUAUGUUGAUUUCAUGGGUUUCAGUUGCAUAUUUUAUUUUUCUUAGCACAUCAUUUUGAUGAGUUACCAUCAUGAUAUACACAAUACUUGAGGUAAAUUCCUCCUUUACAUUUUUCAGUUAUUCACUUAUUUUUCAUUUUUUAUUUUUUAUUUAUUUAUUUAUUUAUUUUACUUUUUUAUUUAUUUAUUAUUAUUUUUUUUUUUUUUUACUAAGAUUUGGCUGAAUAAUUCAAAUAUUUAUCCAAGGCUACCAAAAUGACCCCAUCCAUUCUCAGGCACAUUUCUUCAUAUUGCAGGGCACAUCACACACACACACACACACACACACACACACACACACACACACACACACACACAGCAAUACCGUUACUCAGUGCAUAUGUUCACAAGUACCUGAAGAGAAAUUUCAUCCAGAUUUUCAUGUAUUAGUAUAUAACUUCUCCCAUAUUUACAUUCAUAUGCAUAUAAAUUUGACACUCACAAACAGAUAAACAACCAAAGUGAGUGUAUUUUGUGUUUUAAAACACAUUAAUUGUCCUUUGUAAUAAUUAUCAUUACUAGUGACAGACUGUUGCUGCUCCUGGAACAUUUUGCUUGCACAGUCAGCCCUAUUGAUUCUCACUUUUCUAGAAAAAAAGUCAGUCAUUUAGUUGAUAUCAUGUAUUAUUUUAUGGAACUUUUACUAUAUUAGCAGAUUUUGUAUAAGUGUUUCCUUGGCCAUAGACAUGCCCCCCACCACCUCAGCAGUUCAGUGUCCUUUGUUGCUUGGUUACUCAUGGUCUUCAAAGCAUGGCUGUUGGCUGGCUAUUGCCAGUGCAGCAUUAUCACUGAAGCUGAAGUAGUUAUGUGUUCAACUUCCUUUGCCCCUCAUAACAAACUUAAAAGCUUGACAUACUGUUGGUGCAUAGUUUAUGAUUGUUACAUAGUCAACAUUUCAGCUGCCAAAUUGUAAAGGUAUUUUCUAUAGUAAGGAUGCUGCUUUUGCUGUCUUAAACCAGUCAGUGACUGAAUCAGUCACUGCAUCAGGUUUUGUAAUUACCUUGUUGGGAAAUUUUUCAUUAAGUGAAUUCUAAAAGGAACAGAGCAAAGGGAUUAGAAAUCCCUCUUCUGCACUUUUAUUCACAAUGAGACUGAGACAAGACAGUCUUCUAUGGAGUACCUUCCUUUAAGGGAGGUUUGAACCCAACAUAUAAAUGGAUAAACAGAAAAGCUUCAGUAUCAUUCAUCGUCUUUUCACUUAAUUUCCAUAAUCUUCCAUUCUAGAAAGGUAUCACUUCAUGAUACUUGUAGUUUGCUGAUCAUUCAGUUAUCUUGUUUAAGCAUCAAAUCUCUCUCUCUCUCUCUCUCUCUCUCUCUCUCUCUCUCUCUCUCUCUCUCUCUCUCUCUCUCUCGUUUGUUGUUAAUUUUAGAAGUCACAACAUUGUGUCACAAAGUGAGAAUACUUGGAAAGUUUUAAUUUGUAUCACAUUCUGCAUUUUAUGUUAACUGCAUGGCAAAUUAACAAUCUUAUCAAUCUCUCUAUUCUUAUCUGACAUCUGUUCCUAAGAACUCCUUUUGGAGGUGGCCAUGACAUAUGUUUCUAUUUAUUACUGUUCUUACAUGUUCUAAUCCUCUCAUGCUCCUUUCACUUACUCCAGCUUUGACAUUUCACUGGAGGUCAUCCUCCUGCACUCACUCUCUUAGUUCUCUUACUCUGCCAUAUUUAACAAGUAAAUAAUUAUAUUUUAGAUCUUUUUUUACAGUGUGGAAAGUGCAUUAAUUCUGUUAGCUUCAUAAAAGAAUACUACUAGAAUACUGUUGUUCAGUCAUACAACAUGCAAGACAAGGGAACAUGAUCUCAGUAUCAGUAUGAAUUCUACUGUAAUUAUAUUAUUCUUGAUCUUUCUCUCAUUUCACCAGCCAUAUAAUAACAGGGCUUUUGACACCAUUUGCAUGGUUUAAAUUUAUGCCUCUAUCUAUCCCAUAAUUAUAUACAUAAAUUGUAGUAAUUUCAAGUCUUCACAUGUAGUUGGGCAGCACAGAUUGCUGUGCAUUCAGUGGUUGUGGAUAAGAAGGAAGGUUACAGUUCCAUUCUGCCAGAUGUUAUGAAUAAUGGUUCAUCUUUGAAGGUGGAGAGCUUCAUUGCAUGAUCUUAUUCCUGUAUAGACCUUUCAGUAAAUAGCGUGUUGUAGGAUAUAAGACUGAAAUGAGAUGGUACUUGAGAAUUGCUGUGGUGUGAGAGGACUGAAAGAUGAAAGUAAUGAAAGCUUGUAUAAAAGAUUUUUGUACUGUAUAUUAAGGUAUAAGAAGGGUUUUCAUAAUAAUUAGAAACAGGAAAAUGAAAAAUGAAUAGAAAAGAUGUAUUCUUUCUGUCUGAAUGAGGGAAAAUUUAUUAGAAAAUAAUUGUCACAUUUAAUUGACUAAAUGGAAAUUAAAUGUUCUUUGAUCCAUGAACAUACUAUAAGUUUUCCAGGUGGCAUCCAUGUUAAACAAUAUGAAGAUUUGGAAAUAUAGAGUAAUUUAAAAUGCAUAUCCAACACAAGGUCACAGGCCCAGAUAUUCAUAUUCAAAAUAAUGUAUUUCUUUGUAGUGAAAAUAGAGCCAGGGAGGCUAACAGGCAGCAAUGUAAUGCUUCAUUAGUCCUGCUUUUGUAUUAUGUAUUUCAAAUCUAAUUGCCUCCAAUUCAUGUCACAAACUCUACUGCAGGUUACUUCACUGUUCUUUGUUAUUUACAUAUUAAACAGGUUAUUAAGUAUUAAUUCAGUAAUGUAUUAAGUAAAUGCUACUUUAAGGAAAAAUCAAGAUGGUGAAGGGAUUACUAACUGGGCAACUUGGAAGUAUGGACUACCUCACUACACCUCUGUUCUGUAGUGCACUGCAGCCUUUGUGGGUUUCUAACAAUGCAGUGAAACACCAUACAUACCAGGAAAGGUAUUAUCAUGGUGAUGGAGCUUUAUUGUUAUUAUUAUUGUUAUUAUAAUCUGUCUUUGUUCAUUGCAACUUACAUGUAAAAUAACAAAAUGAGAAACAGAUAACCUCCAGCUGUUGUGAAGCAAUUAAUAGAAAUGUACAUUGGAUUGGGACCAGUAGAUGUGGUUACUAUAUUUACUGACAUUUUUCUUAGCCUAAGGAAUAUUACAAGUUAAUUCUUUUGUAUAUCCAUACUUAUAUUUGUAUCAUUAAUAUAUAUUUUGUGAUAUUAAUUUUAAUUCAAUUAUAAUUAUGAAGUAAUAAAUUUCAUUUUUACAUCACAA